AUGGAAUCAAAUUAUACAAAAUAUGUACAACGUUUGGGUACACCCAUAAGGUUAAAAUUUAUGCAGGAAAAAGUGAUAGCACGGCUAAUGGUUGGACAUGCACAAAAAAUUGUCUUGCAUUUGAUGAGUGAUUUAGUGAAUAGUGGCAGAACUCUGUAUUGUGAUAAUUUUUAUAACAGUGUUCCUCUUGCCAAAGAGCUAUUGGAUAAAAAAACUUAUAUUUGUGGUACUCUAAGAAAAUAUCGCAGAGGUAAUCCAAAAGAUUUGUGUUCAAGUAAAUUGAAGAAAGGUGAAGUAAACGCUCAGGAAAAUCAAUUCGGUGUAAAAGUGAUUAUCUGGAAAGAUAAACGAAAUGUUUUGAUGGCAAGUACUCGUUCGGAAGACGGUAAAAACCUUUUACCAACAGGACGGCGUAAUCGUAACGGAGAACGUAUAUUCAAACCUUCAGCUGUACUUGCCUACAAUUCUGCGAAGAAAGGAGUCGAUUAUUCGGACCAAAUGUCAGCCUACUACACAGCAUUGAGAAAAAGUACCAAAUGGUAUAAAAAAGUUGCAUUCGAGCUUCUAUUGGGUACAAGUGUUGUCAAUGCUUUUGUAAUUUUCAACGAGUUACGUGAUAAGAAAAUUGAAAUGAUUAAUUUUAGAGAAGAAAUUGUAAACCGGCUUUUGGCAUCUGCAGCUGCACCUCAACAACUUUUGGUCACUGCAUCCCGACAACAUUUGCGAAAAAAAUCCCAAAAGCACGAGUUAAUGCAAAGACCAGGUCCAGCAAAAACUUCUAGAAAACGAUGCUUGCCUUGCUAUACGAAAAUGAGCAAUGAAAAAGGAUCAAAAGAAGCAAGAAAAAAUUCAAAACGCAUUGUAACCUACUGUAAUGGAUGCGAGGAAAAGCCUACAAUAUAG